UUCGCAACAAUUGAACAAAUUUACCGACUUUUUUUGUCUAAAUCGAUGGUUUACCACAUAAUUAGCCGAUGUAGAUAAGGAACAACAGACCUGUUUGAAGAGAAGAUAAUAAACUUUUGCAAUGAUGUCAAGCGAAGACAAAGAUCAGGUUGAAAAUGACACGAUUGGUACGAUGGGAAAUGAUAAAUGGCUGGACGCUUAUAAGGACCCCGUUGCCUCUCUUUACACACUAACCCAGUGUAUCUGUCUGUCUGAUGUCCAAGCUGAUGGUGACUGGAAAUUAAUCAUAGCUGAUCUGGGGACAGGGACAUACAACAUGAAACUGAAAGUCUACAAAGGGACGAAUUUAAUGAGCGAGCACACGAUAAUUGACUUACCAACAGGAGUCGUGACAUUUUACAUGGACACACAUGAACCACGAACACCAGCCAUAGCUGUAGCUUCAGGUCCUUACAUUUAUGUAUACAAGAAUUUGAGGCCAUAUUUCAAGUUCACCCUGCCAACACUAGAGGUCAACCCAGUGGAGGCUGAUCUCUGGAAUCAGGUCAAAGAGGAAAAGAUAAAUAUAUUUGUCCUGAGGGAAAUGCUGGAGGGAAUGAGGGCUGAAGGCAUUGUGUUAACUGUAAGGUCACUGAGAUUUCUACAACUACAGGAUGUUGGAGAUUGUGAAACUUUUGCCAACAUGUACAAGCACACACCACUAAAGAGACAGACUGUGAUAACUUGUUUAAGUACUAUGAAGAAGUCUAUGGCGGAGGAAGACGCCAUCAGUUGUCUGGUUCUGGGUACAGAGAGUAAAUCAGUGUAUGUCCUUGACCCUGAGGCCUUCACUGUACUUACCACACUUGAUUUGCCUGCAGUACCUGUGUUUCUCAGUGUGACUGGUCUUUAUGACGUGGAGUACAGGAUCGUGGUAGCUUGUCGUAAUGGAUGUAUAUACACAUUGAAAAGAGGGACAACUGACCCCACAAAGAAUUGUAUUGAGUUGAAUUCUCAGCCUGUAGGUCUGGAAAGGAUCAACAAAACAAUUUAUGUGGGAACAAUGGAUGAAUCUCUACACUGCUAUACAUCAAAGGGUAAGAAGUUAUGGACAGUAAAAUUACCGGGGAGUAUGACAACUAUGGAGGUGAUAGACUACAAGAGUAAAGGCUUUAAGGCUGUGAUAGUGGCACUCAAUAACUGUCAGGUCCACAUCUACAAGGAGAAGUACCUCGUCAAUGUAAUCAAGUCGGAUGACGUGGUGACGGGGCUCAAGUUUGGACAGUUUGGCCGAGAGGAAGGAACUCUCAUAAUGACCCUGAAAGGUGGAGGGCUGAUGAUUAAGAUUCUGAAGAGGAAUGCGACGUUUGAGGAAAAGGAUUUGUCUGGAGGUCCUCCUGCAGCCCAGAACUCUCGUCUUAAUGUUCCAAAGAAAACCAAGCUGUUUGUGGAUCAGACAAUGAGGGAGAGAGAGAGUGCUGUCACUAUGCACAGGACAUUCCAAAGAGACUUGUAUCUACUAAGAUUGAACACACUGAGGGAGUAUGCCAAGUCUCUAGACAACAGCAUGAAUCCCAUCUCAUCUGAUCCCACUGAGCCACUCAAACUUAAUGCGCAGGUACAAGGAAUCGGUCCUACCUUUAAACUAACAGUCAAUCUACAGAACACGUCCCUCAGUCAGCCUUCCACUAGUCUACUGAUUACAUUCUUAUAUGAUGAGAAAUUGUACUCUUUCAAAAAAUCCUUCAUAGAGGUUCCCAUGCUGGUUCCUGGUCUGAACUAUGCCUUUGAGACUUUUGUUGAAUGUUUGAGUGACAAAGGGGUUUCAGACAAUAUCAAGGUGUUUGUUCUGAAGGACGGAAAGAGUGUUCCAAUCAUCACAGGUGUUAUCAGCAUGCCUGUCAGCGAGGGAUUGGUGGUAGUUUGAGGUCAACGAAGGUCAAACAUCUCCACCCACGCCAAACUUAUUUUAUUUUAUAUUGUGAAUUUCAGUCGGUAAAGAAACAAUUUGUGAGCUUUAAAAUUGAACUUUUAUUCCAUGGUGGAAAAAUUAACAUUCAAAUGAACUAUUUAUGUGCAAUGAUAAAAUAUUGAGAUACUAAAUUUGUAAUUUUUUCAGGGUGAAUGGAAUCUUACCUUACCCUUGAUUUGAGUGAUAACAUAGGAUUUUUGUUAGCUAUUUUAAUUUUUUCAGUAUUCCGUCCAGAUUACUGUUUUUCUCUCAAAUGUUUCCAUGUUUACUCUAUUGUGUGACAAAAAAAUGACUUGAUAUACUUUUAAAAUAAGCAAAAAAUAAUUAAAAAAAAAAAAGAAAAGAAGCUAG